AAGAACGAAUGUCCAAUCUUGAUUUUAUUUAAAUGUCUUAUCAUAUUCUUAUCAGUUAAAAUUCAGUUUUCGAACGUAUCUUCCAGUAUCAUUCGUGGUGAAGUGGUCAAUGAAUUUUGUGUCAUAUCAACUUUUUGUAUAAUUAAUACUUGAUUCAUAUUGCGUCUAAUUGUUUGUUAAUUAAACAUUUAUAUAAAUAUUAUAUAUUCUACCGGUCUCUGAUUUUGUAUAGUGUGGCUACGUGACUGUGAAGUCGAACGUUAUGGCGGCCACAAGCAAUCCUUAUGAUAAAUAUCUUAAGGAUAUAACUAUUAAUGGAAGAACAUUCAAAUACUAUGAUUUAAGUGCAUUAGGCAGUAAAUAUGAUCGUUUGCCAUACAGCAUCAGGGUAUUAUUGGAGUCAUGUAUGAGAAACUGUGAUAAUUUCCAAGUCCUGGAGAAAGAUGUUCAGAAUGUACUUGAUUGGGAGAAUAAUCAGAAAGUGGAGGGUGGUGUGGAAAUCUCUUUUAAGCCUGCAAGAGUUAUAUUGCAGGACCUUACAGGGGUACCUGCAGUAGUUGACUUCGCAGCCAUGAGGGAUGCUGUCAAGGAUCUAGGUGGUGAUCCUGAUAAGAUUAAUCCCAUCUGUCCAGCUGAUCUGGUGAUUGACCAUUCUGUGCAAGUCGAUUUUGCCAGAACACCUGAUGCUUUGAAUAAAAAUCAAGAACUAGAAUUUCAAAGGAACAAGGAGAGAUUUCAGUUUUUAAAGUGGGGUGCCCAAGCUUUUGAUAAUAUGUUGAUAGUACCUCCUGGAUCUGGUAUUGUACAUCAAGUUAAUUUGGAAUAUUUAGCGAGAGUGGUGUUCACCAAUGACGUGUUACAUCCUGAUUCAGUAGUUGGAACUGACAGUCAUACAACAAUGAUUAAUGGUCUAGGGGUGGUCGGUUGGGGGGUUGGUGGUAUCGAAGCGGAGGCGGUGAUGUUAGGUCAAGCUAUAAGUAUGUUGUUACCUCAAGUUGUUGGAUAUAAGUUGGUUGGUGAAUUAAAUCCAUUAGCGACUUCCACUGAUCUAGUACUGACUAUAACAAAGCACUUACGCUCUCUGGGAGUUGUUGGUAAAUUCGUUGAGUUUUUCGGACCUGGUGUUGCUGCUCUGAGUAUAGCUGAUAGGGCGACUGUAGCUAACAUGUGUCCAGAGUUCGGUGCCACAGUUGCACAUUUUCCAGUUGAUAAUAGAUCGCUGCAAUAUCUGGUGCAGACUAAUCGUUCCGAUGAAAAGAUAAAAAUAAUCGAAGCUUACCUUCGCGCAACAAAACAGUUCCGAGACUAUACCAAUACUAAAGAAGAUCCAAUUUUCUCAGAGGUAGUAGAAUUAGAUUUAUCAACUGUGGUGACCUCAGUCAGUGGUCCCAAGAGACCUCAAGACCGUGUCUCUGUUUCUGUCAUGAAGAAGGACUUCAAUGAUUGUCUGACAAAUAAGGUCGGCUUUAAAGGUUAUGGGUUAACACCAGAACAGAUGAAAGCGUCCGGCUCGUUCACCUACAGUGAUGGAGCUACGUACACAAUCACCCAUGGUUCUGUUAUAAUUGCUGCCAUCACCUCUUGCACAAAUACAUCGAACCCCACGGUGAUGUUGGGAGCUGGUCUACUGGCAAAGAAAGCGGUCGAGAACGGUCUCACCGUACUUCCUUAUAUCAAGACCUCACUCUCACCAGGAUCUGGAGUGGUCACGUAUUAUCUGAAGGAAUCAGGUGUUGUGCCGUAUUUAGAAAAGUUGGGUUUCAACAUUGUAGGCUAUGGAUGUAUGACUUGUAUUGGUAAUUCUGGACCCAUUGAUGAUAAUAUUGCCAAUACAAUAGAGAAGAAUGAGUUAGUAUGUUGCGGUGUACUAUCAGGUAAUCGUAACUUUGAAGGUCGCAUACAUCCUAACACUCGCGCGAACUAUCUCGCCUCACCAUUACUUGUCAUAGCGUACGCGCUCGCCGGCACUGUUGACAUCGACUUUGAAACUCAGCCUCUAGGUAAGAGGGCUGACGGUAGCCCAGUUUUCUUACGCGACAUUUGGCCGACGCGAGCUGAAAUACAACAAGUUGAGGACAAAAAUGUCAUACCCAGUAUGUUUAAAGAGGUGUACUCGCGUAUCGAGCUGGGUUCUGACGCGUGGCAAGCGCUUGAUGUACCCCGCGGUAAACUCUACGGCUGGGACAUCAACUCUACUUAUAUCAAAAAACCACCCUUCUUUGAUGCCAUGACGAAGGAGUUACCAUCAAUACGUGGUAUAAACAAUGCCCGCUGUUUACUUCUUCUGGGAGAUUCUGUCACCACUGACCACAUCUCACCAGCCGGCUCCAUUGCGAGGAACUCACCUGCUGCUAGAUAUCUUGCUAAUAAGGGGCUAUCUCCCCGCGAGUUCAACUCGUACGGUUCUAGACGAGGUAACGACGCGGUGAUGUCGCGCGGUACAUUCGCAAACAUACGUCUCGUCAACAAGUUGUCAUCUCGUCCCGGACCAACAACAACACAUCAGCCCAGCGGAGACGCCAUGGAUAUCUUUGAUGCGGCUGAAAGGUAUGCAUCAGAAGGAGUGCCUUUGAUUGCUAUUGUGGGUAAGGAUUAUGGCUCAGGUUCCAGCAGAGAUUGGGCCGCUAAGGGACCAUUCUUAUUGGGCAUUCGUGCUGUGAUAGCGGAGUCUUUUGAACGUAUUCAUCGCUCCAAUUUAGUAGGAAUGGGUAUAAUCCCCCUACAAUUCCUGGAGGGGGACAACGCAGAGUCAUUGGGUAUAACUGGCAAGGAGACGUACUCUGUACAAUUACCAGAGACAUUGUCACCUGGAGAUAUGGCCACUGUCACUAUGGACAACGGCAAAUCAUUCCAAGUUAAGAUUCGUUUCGAUACAGAAGUUGAUUUAACUUAUUUCAAACACGGCGGCAUUCUCAACUAUAUGAUACGAAAGAUGCUCUAAACACUCAAACUGUCAAA